GCACGGGACCGGCACCGCCUGUAGCGUAGCGUGUCCACGAUUAGUUGUCUGUCUCACCAUUUCCCGUUUCCCUUCCUCGACUCCUCCUCGUCUCCACUCUUCUUCUCUUCCUCUUCCAGUGGUUUCCUCCCCAAAUCUCUUCCCUUCGCUGCCGGUCUCGUCGCCGUCCUCUGCUCCCCCUCCCUCCCUCCAUCCGUCGCGAUUCGUCGCGCCUACGGCGACGGGGAACUGCCGGCGCGGAUCAGUUUCCUUUCUUUGCCGGUUGUUGUGCGAAGCUGCAUACUUUUAUGUUCUAUUCUUGGGACCAAAUUUGUUGAGCUGAUUCCAGCUAGGAGGAACCUAGAGCAGUUUGGUGUUAAGCUUGCUGGUCCCAUCUUUCCUGACCAGCUCUAGGAUAAAUGGGAGAAGCAAGCUCGGAUGAAAUUUGCCAUUGUCAGGAUUGCCUUGGCAAGUACAGCCUACUCAGAGAUGAAGAGAACCCGCACUUGGCAAAGUUUGAGAGACGGCUUCCUUGCUUUGGUUGUGGAAUAGGAUGGUCCUCGUUUCUUUUAGGUUUCCUGUGUCCAUUGCUUUGGUACUAUGCAACGACUCUGUACUUCUGCAAUUACUAUAAGAGGGAUCCUCGAGAGCGCCCGGGUCUUGCUGCCUCUGCUAUUGCGGCGGGCUUCUUCACAACUGUGUCUGUUAUUACCAUCUCCAUCGUUCUGAUAAUCCGGGCAUCCGAGUGAUUUCUAUGGCAUGGAGAACAUAGCUGAGGACCCUUGUUGUUUAUCGGAGGACGAGGUGUUCAGGAGGCGACUUGUAAUGCUGGAGAUACAUAGCAUAGCAGAUCGUUUUAGUCCAUUUGUAAUCGUGCAUGUACAAGUUAUCCAUCGUCGGGCUUCAUCUGCCGAUUGUUGUCUACCAGUGUCGUUGUACAAUCUUAUUCAGAGGGUGGGAACAAAUGACUAUUUCAUCA